AUGCUUCCAGAUCAGGGGCUUCCGAGUGACUGCGGGAACAAUUACUUCCAAAUGAACCAGUGCAUCUUAGCAGGGAGCAUUCAGACUACACCCCAGGUCUCUUCGGGUGAUUCUGAAGCCAAACCUCUGGUCUUCACAUUUGUCCCCACUGUCAGAAGACUACCAACCCACUCUCAGUUGGCUGACACCUCUAAAUUCCUUGUUAAAAUUCCCGAGGAACCAGAUAAGAAUCCAGAAACGGUAAAUAGGUCUAAUUCCAAUGACUACCUGACCUUGAAUGCUGGGGGGCAACAAGGAAGAAACCAAGGGACAUUAAAUUAUUCUUCAAAAGUUAGUGGAAAGAUUUCACAAGGAAGAGGAUUUAAAGCAAACGAACCUCAAGGAAUGCAGCAAAGUGACCUCUUCAAAGCUGAAUAUGUCUUUAUUCUGGACUCCGAAGGGGAAGAUGAAGCCACAGGCAGAAAAGGUGACCAAGACCCCCCAGUGGUGGGGGGCACUGGAAUCACCCGACCCAAUACUCUAGCAAUCUCCUCCAGUCUAGUCUCCGAUGCCGUGCGUCCCAAGACACGGAGUGCUGAUCUCCCGGCCCCAUUGCAUCCUGAAAUGCCUCAUGGGCUGGUCCCUCAGCAAAAGCACGGGCAGUUAACUUCUCCCACUACCUCUGAUCAGCUUGCCUGUAAACCACCUGCUUUCUCCUUUGUUUCUCCAACUAAUCAGAAAACACAACCUGACUCAGUUAACCUCGACCAAGCCUCUGUCCUAGAGGAGUUCCACACUAGGAGGCUGGAUGGCAGUGGGGGCUUUGUGGAAGAAACAGCUUCGUAUUUUCAAACUUCUACUCACUCUUCACCCUCUUUUGCAUCGAAAGGCACCUCCUCGAUGUUACAGUUUCCCCAGCUAUCAGGUUCUAAUUUAUCCAGUCCAAGUGCAGCAGUUCAAAAACCUGGACUGACACCUGAAGUUCUGAAGAAGACGACGUUAACCUCGCAUGUCCUUAGUCCCAGAGAAAGUCUGAGAACCUCUUCUCCUUCACCAGCCUCCGGUGCUUCUCUGAAGUCGAAUUCAGCCUCAUACAUACCAGUCCGUAUUGUCACGCAUUCACUCUCUCCAAGUCCAAAGGCAUUUACUUCCUCUUUCCAUGGCUCUUCCUCCACCAUCUGUAGCCAAAUGUCAUCUAGUGGAAAUCUCUCAAAGUCAGGGGUGAAAUGCCUGGUGCCCUCUAGGCUUUCCCUUCUCACUGCUAUUCUCAAGUCAAAGCCUUCUCACCAAAGACCCUUUUCCCCUGCAUCCUGUCCAACGUUCUCUCUCAACUCCCUGACGUCUUCCACGCUCACACUCGAUCAAAAAGUAAAGCAAACCCCACCCACACCUAAGAAAUCACUCUCAAGUUGCUCUUUGAGAGCUGGGUCUCCAGACCGAGGGGAAUACCAGGUUUCUGAACUUACCCAACAAUCCCUUCACUUACCUUUUUUCAAAAAGUCUACUCCCCUUUCUCAGGCGCCCUCCAUUUCUCCUACAAAACAUGUCAGUAGCAACCUUGUUUCUUUGAAUGUGGAAAAAACACCAUCACCCACUUCUUUGAAAAGCAAUACAGCACUGUCCCCUCUGCAGCCCAAUAUGUUGAGUUCUGCUGCUCUUCCUCCAGUUCCAUUAAGCUCUUCUCAUCUUUCUUCUUUGAAGGCCAGACAGGACACUGAUCUCAGGCCUCCUGAAAAGCCCAGGAGACUUGACCCACACCCUUCCACUAUAGCCUCAUCUACAUUAUCUUCUGUAUCUUCUCCUAUUAACCAGAGAGCCACACUCUCCUCUCCAGAGAAAUGUUUCCAUCCUUCCCCAGCUCUUUCAAACCUAAUUAACAGAUCUGAGAGGGCAUUACCACAACUGUCAGGCCAGGGGAAGAAUCCUUCAACUCCUCCUUCACCCCCUAUCUUAAGUGCUAGUUCUGCCCCUCUUCCCAGCCAGGGGUCCUCCUCUCUCCCUCAUAGUAAUCUGUCCACCCAGGAACUCCAGCUCAGUCCCUCAGCACUGCUCCCAAAUUUUGGCAGUAGAACCUUGCCUUCAAGACCUGGGAAAUCUGAAAGCACAACAUCCAACUACAGGUCAUCUGUUUCAACCCCACCACCGCUCAUUUCUCUAACAAGAACCAAGGAGCCAAUUUCACCUUGUACAUUGUUCAUGUCAACAGGCCCUGAAAAUAAGAAACUCAAGCAAUACAAGAUCAAGUCAAGCUACAAGGCUUUUGCAGGAAUCCCUACAAACACAUUGCUUUUGGAACAGAAGGCACUAGAUGAGCCAGUCAAGACUGAAAGUGUCUCCAAGGACAACGUGUUAGACCCACCUUUGGAGUUGUUUUCCCCUGCACAGCUCAGGCAGCAAACUGAAGAGCUCUGUGCUACCAUUGAUAAGGUCUUACAGGAUUCCUUGUCUAUGCAUUCUUCUGACUCUCCUUCAAGUUCCUCACAGAUGAUGAGUUUUGAUUCAAUCAAAAUGCCUACAACUCUUCCAAGAGCAGCUGGUAGAGAAACCAAAUAUGCAAAUCUCUCCUCACCCUCCUCUACAGUAUCUGAGAGUCAACUGACUAAGCCUGGAGUAAUUCGCCCAGUCCCUGUAAAAUCCAAAAUACUACUGAAAAAGGAGGAGGAAGUCUACGAACCCAACCCUUUCAGUAAAUACCUGGAAGAUAAUAGUGACCUCUUUUCUGAGCAGGAUGUGACAGUUCCUCACAAGGCUGUUUCUCUCCAUCCUAUGUAUCAGACUAAACUCUAUCCUCCUGCUAAGUCCCUGAAGCAUCCACAGACCCUCUUACAUGCUGACUGUUUUACCCCAGGACCGUUCAGUCAUUUGUCCUCCUCACUGAGUGAUAAACAGAAUUCUCAUACCCUGGUCGGUCACCACACAUAUAAUAAGAUGAGAACAUACAGAAGAGAAAAUCAGUAACUUGUCCAUGGAAGCCACUUUCAUUUUCUGGUUUGAUUCAAAGCAAUGAAGUUGGAGCAGAAGCUAAAAACACAGACUGCUGAAGUCUUUCGGAAUGCUGGUGCUAACCACUCACUAGAUUUAACUUUUAUUUUUUUCAGAAUGAGUGCUCCCUUUAUGAACUGCAGUGCAGCAAUGGAGCUAAAAAAAAGUUUCCUGCAGUCAUAUAGCAUCUUAAGUACCCUACUAACACCCAGCAUA